ACAAUAAGAAUAAAAUAAUAAAAAGCAACAAUGGGAAAUUAAAAAGGCAAGAUAAAAAAAACAAAAAUAAAAUUAUUAAAAAUUUAAAUAAAUGCUUGGGGGCCGGAUCCGGCCCACUGGCCAUAGUUUGGGGACCCCUGAUAUAGUCCGAUAUCUUGUAACCGUGUGUAAUAGGCACACAUCAGGAAAUGCAGGUGAGGCACUUUGAAGCACACACAUCUGGCUGCACCUUCGUGUCUGAGGCAAAGGAGAGCGUCAUAAACGAGAAAAUGAGGAAGCUCUUCUCUGGGCAGGUUCUCACCGCAGCUUUAAAGUCAAGUUCAGGAAGCCUCCUUUCUCUUUGUGUUCACCGAGAGUACCCCCCCGAUCAUGUAAGAUUCAAUGGCCGCUAACUUCGGAGUAUGGCGCAUACGCGUGGUCACCUUUUUUCUGUGCGCAGGUGUGUGGACUGGGGGAGUGGCUGUCAAUGUGGAAGGUUUGGAAGGUGCUGAAGUGUCCUUCCAGUGCCAACACCAACUUGCAUCUGGGGCAACUAAAUACUUGUGCAGGGAUCCGUGCAAGAAUGAGGACAUAUUGGCCAAAGUAAAACCUGGGGAAAGAGCCACACGGGGUAAACUACGUCUGGAGGACGCGGGGAAUGGAGUCUUCAGUGUGACCUUUAAGCAACUCCAGCUGUCAGACUCUGGGACUUACUGGUGUGCUGUGGAUAGGCCCGUGUUGGACACCUACAUUGAAGUGAAGCUACAAGUCAAAGCUGUUGAAGUCCAUACAACGACAUCUGUACCCAUCAGGUCUACCACAUAUUGGACCACCACUUUCACCUCUACGCAAACAACACCUGAAAUGGACCUGUGUGCAAACUGGCUUACAGUGAAGCCGCUGUUUAUCGGAGCAAGCCUCGCACUGAUCGUACUCAUCUUGGCAGUAGUCAUCUUCAUAUACUGUAUUUCCGACACCAAAAAGGCCACAUUUGCACAUCUACUGGUGUGCCCAAGACCACAAUGAAAUUUGGUUUCCACAGACCAACUAAGAACAGUCACAGCUCAACGCCAGAAUUCCAGCAACUCCAUCUCUGCGUCCUCACUGGUUAAUCCAGACUGUCCUCACUAUUCCACCAUCAGCCACAACAGCCGCAGAGACAACAGCCAUGACCCUUCUCAACCUACAGACGUGACUUACUCCCUUAUUAGGUUCAGUGCCACAGCUGAAUUGACCAUCUAUGGCAACUUAUGAAAAGUGGUGAUGCAGUCUCGUUGAAGCCGCAACUGCAUUCCACAAUGACUCGUCAGAUAACGCAGAAUGGCCGUUAACAUGAUAAAAUACAGGAACUUUAGUUAGUUACAAGUUCUCACCUUUUUUUUUUUUGUCUCUUCUCUUUUCUCGUGUUCCACUUUCUAAUGCACAGCAACACAGGAGUCAAAAUAUCAUGCAAAUGUUCUCACAUUCAAAAUACAGAGGAUACUGUCAAGCACACACAGACACCUGGAGAUAGAGAGAAUACAUAUACAUAAAGAAGCCACUAUUUCAUAAUGGAACACAUCUGCAAAAUGCUAAACGGAAUAGAAAUAACAUUGAGAGUGACCAAUCUACACCAGGGGUGUCAAACUCAUUUUAGAUGGGGGGCCACAUGGAGAAAAAUCUACUCCCAAGUGGGCCGGACUGGUAAAAUCCCUGCACGAUAACUUAAAAAUAAAGACACCUUCCGAUUGUUUUCUGUGUUUAAAAAUAGAAGAAGUGCAUUCUGAAAAUGUACAAAUCAUAAUGUUGUUUUUUUACACUUACAUGUUGUGGUUAAAAGUAUUCUAUCUUUAAUUUUCGUUAUUUAUAUUUUCUGAAUGAAUGAUGUGAUAAUGUUCAUUAGUCAAAUCAAUGGUGUUUAUUUUCAAUCUAUCAAGAUAAAAAAAUAUCAAAAUCAAAUUACAGUAUGCCAUGUAUGUAGUUUGAUCAUUUUCCUCGAUUGAUGUACUAACAUCGUGUGAUUUAUUUUGUACAUAUGUAGCAUCAUCUACAGCAGGGGUUAACAACCUACCACUCAAAGAGCCAUUUUGACCCGUUUCACAAAAUAAAGAAAACUAUGGGAGCCACAAGACUCUUUUGAAAUUUAAAAUGAAAUAACACAGCGUACAAAGUUUUGUUUUGUUUUGUGCUUUGUAUUAAACAGGGGUCUCAGACACACGGCCCGCACCUUAAUAUGAAAAUUUAAAAUUAGUGCGAGUUUUGUUUGAAUGCCGCUUGACAACAUCAAAUUUGCCAAAUAUCUCAAUUUUUCCGGGAGACUACCGGGUUUCAGAACCACCUUUCUCUCGACUGUCUGCUAGGUUUCACCCGAACAACAAUAAUAAGGGCGUGCUAUGAUGACAAUGCGUUUAGCACUCUCCACAACUGUAACAAACAGCUUACCAGCCCAUUCGCAUGUUGUAUGAGGCUUCUGCAGACACACAUAAGCGACUGCAAGGCAUACUUACUCAACAGCCAUACAGGUUAUACUGAGA